AUGAGCUCUGUUUUGGCGGUCACAGCUCUCUUGUUCACUAUAGCCGGCGGGAUGCUGUCCUUCUCGUGGCUCACGUCCUUUUGGCGGAGCGCGCCUAGGCCUCGGGAUGAGGCGGCCGGGGACAGACGAGGAAACCCGAGAAACAACGCGGAGUUCCUUGGAUCGCAAAUCGGCGGCAAGUCGGUCAUCAACUACGGCUACACCGACAUGCCCUGGAAUCUGAUGGCGUACGACAUCUACUACUUCUUCAAGUUUAUGUGGGCACUCCCCUACAUCCUGUUUCCCUUGACGCCAUCCGAUUCUGGCGACCUCGACGAGCUCUCUUUCACGGCCAAGAACGUGUUCUGCAUCCUCGCCUUCAUUCUCGCUUUCCCUGCGCUGGUCUUGCUCCCGGUCUGGAUGGCAGCCUUGACCGUGGGACUCUUUCUACUUCUCAACCACAGCCUUUGCAUUUUGCUGAACGGCCAAGACGUCGAGUACCGCUCCAGUCCGCAGUAUGCCCCCGCGUUGCCAGAGCAUGCUCAUGAGCAAUGGAUCUUCAUCAACGGUGUCGCUGUCGGGAGCCACUGGAUGCAGAGCAACCUCGACAGGCUUGCUCUCACCUUCAAGAGGCCGAUUCUUGGCAUUCACAACAAAACGGCGGGCAUUCUGUUCGAUGUCCUCGAGUGCCUUGUUCAGCGAAACUUUGGCUACGCAACGGCGGACGUGCGCGUGUGCUAUCGAAUCAUCAAAGAGAUGCUCUACAAGCCACAGUUCUCAAAGGUCGUCUUCAUCCUGCACUCGCAGGGAGCCAUCGAGGGAAGCAUGAUCAUUGACUGGCUGCUCCAGGAGCUCCCACAAGAUCUUUUGUCCAAGCUCGAAGUCUACACGUUUGGUAAUGCCGCCAACCACUUCAACAACCCGCACCGGAAGAUCGUUUCGCAGGACGAGGCUUUCCGGAACCCGCUUGCAGCGUCGACAGACUCGACCAAGCUGACUGGGCCUGGAAGCGGGACCAGCACUGCCGCACCCGCACCCGCCUCCCAACCCAACGUCCAGCAGCUCCAGUCCUCUGCACCCAUCGACACCGGGAGCGGUACUAUUCCCGGCAAUUCACAGUCUUUCACCACCGCGAACACGCCGACCCCCAUCCGGCCUGCGCUGACGUUCGAGACGAGCGCCCUGGCGCCGUCGGCCGUGAGUGGUAGAGCCAUAGGGCACAUUGAGCACUACGCGCACACGACCGACUUCGUAGCGCUCUGGGGGGUGUUGCAUUUCGCGACGACGGCGCCGGGGACGCAGACGGUACCCCGGUUCAUUGGGCGCGUGUUUAUACGCUCCUCCCCAAGGGGCGGUCACCAACUGGUUCAGCAUUAUCUCGACGGCCUGUUCCCGCUCUCACGCGACGCCGCAACUGGCGCGCUGGUCGCAUGCGCCGAGGACUCCGAGUUCAUGGAGAGCGAGGUCGUCGUCGGGGUCGAGGGCGACGAGAUGCGGGUCGCGCGCGAGGCUAUGGAGCUGAGCUGGCUGGGUGGUAACGGCGACGGCGCGAACGUCAACCUGGACGCGGUGGAAGUGCACGGCGUCAGCCCGGUGGAGAGUCGAAAGGGCCGGCACAGGACUCGUGCGAAAGCUGCGACUGCGACUGCGGCCAAGGUCAAGGUGAAAGAGCUUAGCAGACUGUGGCAGUACAGGAACGGCAGAAGCCCGGACGAGAAGCCGCCUCUGCUAGUGAGGGAUGCGGAUGGCGUGGUGAGGACGGCGACUAUAUGA